GAGGUGUCUCUGUCUUUGUCUCAUGUCGCUCUAACCGCGUUGAUUUGCCGUCUUAAAAACACAACUCCUCAAACAUAAAACAUUCACACGCCAUGAGAACUCUUCUUCAAUGGCAUUUAGCAUUUCAAUCUCUCGUUGCUCCUUUCACUUUGUGUCUCUCCUUCUUCUUCUUCUAUCUUCCUUCUCUUUUGUUUGCUUCUCCCUCUCCACUGUCUCCAUCUCCCACAUCUCUAAUCAGACUCUUGUUUUCCGGGGUUGUCUCCGGGAAUGGGUUUGUGUGCGGGUUGAGAACGGUGCUGGAUUCCAACACUUCCACACUUCUUUGUUGGAGAUUUUCUGUUAACGGAAGUAGUUUGUUGCACAAAAGAAUCUACCACGGUCCUGAGCUAGAAGAGUUAGAAGCCGGAAAUUCCCGCAUUUGUGGAGUUGAGAGAGUCUCAAGGAGCCUCCGUUGCUGGCAACCGUUCUAUCUACCACGGUCGGAUAACUACAGUUCCAUUGCCUUGGGAGAUAACUUUUUCUGUGGGCUAUCUCAGCCACCUGGAAGGAUCAGCUGUGAAGGAGAAGGUAUAUCCAAGGUACCGAGUAGUGGAGACCGCUACAUCGCCAUCGCGGCUGGAUCAAGACAAGCGUGCGCGAUCACUGUUGACAAUGAUGUCGAGUGCUGGGGACAAACGGAGUCGUUGCCACAUGAAAAGUUUUUAGCAUUGGCAGUUGGGGAAAACCGUAGCUGCGGUAUUAGAUGGUCUAAUGGAACUGUGGUGUGUUGGGGAAACAACAAAAAUUUCAGUUUGCCUCAAACUCUUAAGGACAUUCAUUUCACAUCAAUAUAUGCUAAAGGGCAAAUCUUUUGCGGUGUUGCCACAAAAAACUACACUCUAUAUUGCUGGGGAAAUGAGAAUUUUAAAUCGGGUGUUUUCGCUCCGUUCCAAGGCCUAAUUUCUCAAGUGGUAAUGCCAGGACCGUGUAGAAGAGAAUGCCCUUACCGUCCAUUGUCAGGUUCACAGUCAUUAUGCGGCAAUGAAUUGAUGAUUUGUGAUUUGAAAAAAGAGGAUGGAGAAUUUCCAGAUACAAGGGCACAAAACUCUAUGAACAAAACUUGGAGCAGAAGAAACAUUGUGUUUCUUGUGGUCGGAUGCGUUGGAACAUUUUCCUUGCUUCUUGUCAUUAGCUUCUUCGUCGUUAAAAGCCACUCCCGAUGCCGUGUCCAUGACUCUGGACGUCUCGAUGAAACUAGGACAAUAGACAUACCUAAGCUCGAGAAGAGGCUGAGCAGUCUAGUAAGCUUAGGGAACCCUGGGCAGCUCAUGGAGUUCUCAAUUGACGAGCUGGCUUUAGCCACAGAUGGUUUCUCUGUCAGGUUUCAGCUUGGUAUAGGCAGCUUCGGCUCUGUUUACCAAGGUGUUUUAUCGGACGGACGUCAUGUGGCAAUCAAACGAGCUGAGCUAACAAACCCUACAUUGUCCGGGACCACAAUGAGAAACCGACGAGCAGACAAGGAUUCAGCCUUCGGCGUCGUGUUGCUGGAGUUACUGUCCGGUCACAAAGCUAUACACAAGAACGAAGACGAAAACCCGAGAAACGUAGUGGAAUAUAUUGUACCAUACAUUUUGCUUGAUGAGGUUCAUAGAGUACUUGACCAGAGGAUUCCGCCACCAACGCCCUACGAAAUCGAGGCGGUGGCUCAUGUCGGAUACUUGGCAGCGGAGUGUUUGAUGCCGUGUAGCCGGAAAAGGCCAUCAAUGGCGGAGGUAGUGAGUAAACUAGAGAGUGCUUUGGCCGCUUGUUUGACGGCUCCAAAGACGGAGACCGUAUCUCGAUCAAACACUUAUUAGCCACGUUUAGCUUAAUCUUUUUGGUCAACCGUAAUUGUAUUUAUUUAUUAGGGAUUAGGAAUUUAAUUAAUUGGUACAAAAUUU